AUGUGCUGGCGGGUUUUGCUAAACACUGCGGUUCUUUGCUUUUUAUGGCGGCUAGCUGCGCACGCAUCACUGCCUUUUCAGUCAGCCAGCGGCCAACACGGAUACGUUUCAAAAGAGCACUACCUGGGAUGUUUGUGGAACUUUCGUGCGCAAAUCACACUGUGUCCGGGCAGUGCCGAUGGCUCCUGGCAAAGGGGUAAUCGCUACAGCAAUGUCACUAGCAAGAAGGCAUUGAACUCGCCCGAAGAUCAGUUGUUGACAGGCAUCCAGUGCUUUCAAGCCGUGAUUUUGGCGCACGAGCUGCAGGAGAAGUUUCUCAGUUUCUACACUGGCGUACCAAGGCAAGCCCAUGCGCCACCAAUUGAAGAAGUUAUGUGGAUCACAUCCUUGACGGACAUGGAGCAGGAGGAAAUGCUGCAAGUUUGUCCUGGCAUGUUGGUCACAUCGUUUUUCCUUCAUGCCGAACUCCGGUUCAGUCUGAACUCUCACGACCUUCUCGGGCAACACUACAGAGGCCGCGCCCUCCGAGUCUUGCGACGAAUGAAAGCCGGAAAUGAUACUUACGAGCUGGACCAUUACCGAGUUACGAUGCGGACGUGGCCUGUGUCGGCAGCAAGUGCUCAGUCACUACAGGUGCGACGCAUGAGCGGGCGUGAAACCUCAGCUGAGACGAGGCGUGUGGACAUAGUUAUUGUUGCGUGUAGGAGCGACCUAACUUGGGUGGAUGCCAUUCCUUCAAUGCCCAGUCUGCGUAUCUUGAUUAUCGCGAAAUGUAGAGAAGCAGCUGAAAGCCCUCUAUGCCAAAGAUCGGAUUGCAUACCGGCUUGGCAUAUAGACGUGCAGGACCCUGCCGAAGGUGCAGUGCACAGCGACGAGUGCGGCGGAUAUGUGUACCAUAUACUUCGUCAUUAUCAUGAACUUGCGGAUUGGACUAUCUUUUUGCAAGAUGAUGCACCUCGCCACUUGCAUCUAGGAUACCUCAACCUGGUCCUGAAAAUGAUUUCGUCUGGUACCUUAUCAGCAUUAGCCCCCCGGCUCUUCCUGCACUUGAACAACGAUCGACAUUUAAUGUACUGGACCCCGUGCUUGGCACAGAUCACGGAGUUGCUGGGGCUGCCCUCCAGCCAGCUGUUUGCAUCCUACUGCUGUUCGCAGUUCCUUGUACACAAAAGCCGGAUUUUGGCACGCAGCUUGGAAUUCUACCAGGCAGCACAGGAGCUCCUUACCAAAAGGCUCGGGGCACUGGCUGGCUGCUUACGCAUUCCUCAGCUUGGGCCCCCGAAGCCGCCACAGCCUGGACAGCGAUCAGCCUUUCAAAUACGCCCAUGCCAUCUCUACGAAUUCCUGUGGCAUGUUGUUUUUGGGUGCGAUCCAGUUCUGCCGAGACGGGAAGAUGACGAAAGCUUGCCCUCAAAUCUUCGAUUUACGUUGGACGACGACACUCUGCUUCCUCUGCCAGACUUCUCCAUGAUGCUGUACGCGCAUGCACCGCGAUAG